GGAAGCUGAUGCCGUGCACAAUACUUGUCAUUAAGCUAGCUAGUUUGUUUUAUUUCAAUCUAAAAACAGUUCAAGACCCCAUGUGUUUUUGAGUAGCUCUUCAAAUGUUCCAUUACAGGAUGUGACUUUUAUGGUCGCCGGUAGUCAAUCUAACAUAUUUGGGUCUUUUUCAUGCUCUAACUCAUUUUCAAUCUGGGUCAUGGAUGGUGUGUCUGCGCCGGAAGCGACUGCAGUAAGCUUUUAGAUAUAAUUUCUCACUCAACACGGGACAUCGGGAUGGAGUUGCACGAAAUUAUACUUUGAGCUGUUCCACCAAUUCCCGCAUCCACCUUGCUGUUCCACGAACAGCAGUGGUCGGGGGCUGCGUGUUCAGCCAAGUGGAUAUGAUGCUCUCCACUGACCCCAGGAACCCUGCACAGGGCCGUGGGUCCACAUCGGGCCCUUGCCCCCUGGCCCCAUCUCCAGCAACACCACCCCCUGUUCCAGCCCCAGCCCCGGCCCCAGCCCCAGGCUUCCACCCCGACCGGCUGGGCAGGGAACCCAACAGCAUGGGGGGCAAGAGUAAGACCAAGGCUGCCGAGCUGCGCUGGACUCCGGAGACCAAGGCCGCCUGCCACCUGGUAGAGGGGGGGUUCGGACAGGCGGCGGGGGCGGGGUUCAGCCAGGCAGGGGUUCCCCAGAGGAGGCAGAGUGGUGGUGGUGGGGCAGCAUCGGCGGAGAUGAGCCGAGGUGGAAAGGCGGCAGCUGGUUUCGGUGUGAACAGGGCCACCACCACCACCACCACCAAUGUCAAUGUGGAUGCCGGCAGAGGCUUUGGGCGACAGGCCGAAAGCGACCCUGACGCUAAGGUUUUUGUCACGUACAGACAGACCAAGGGAAGACCACACAGCGAUUAUUACGAAGAAGAGGACUCAAUGCAGAGACAACAGUCCAUGUGGAGCCACCCACCUUCCUCCACCGGCACCCCAUCUCCCCACCCCUCAUCUCCCAAGAAGACCUCGGGCUCGUCUACCCAGACCACAGGCCUGGUCUCGGGAUCGGUAUCGACUUCCCGGGGCGUCUCGGUCUCCUCUCCCCAGACCUCCAGCUCUGUCCCAGUCACGUCUCCCCCGACCCAGACCUUGGUCUCCUCUCCCCAUCCUCCUCCCCAGGGCCCCUCCGCCUCCCCAUCCCCAUCCCCAUCCUCCUCCUUCAGUGUGGCCCAGCUGGGCGCCCUGGAGCGGGUGUUGGCGGCCCACCAGGCUGAGAUGCGGAGCCUGCUGUCGGGGUGCCUGGGCUCGCUGGGCCAGCGCCUGGAGCUCCUGGAGCACCGCAUGGACCUUCUGUGCGAGCAGAGCACCGCGCACGCCGGCAGCCUGGCCUUGAUCCAUGGACGCCUGGCACAGCUGGGGGGUGGGGGCGGCAGGGCUCCUGGUGGUGGUGGUGUUGGUGGACAGGCUUCAUCACCUCUCGCCUCUCCCCCUCACCACUGCAGCAGAGGGGUUGGAACAUGCACCUCUCCGCUCGGCUCCCCACCCCACCCCACAUUUAGAGGCCUCGAGUCCGGCGUCUCCCAUCUGAGCCCACCCCACCACACACACACAACCAGGGUGGCUGGUUUUGCUUCACCUCUCAGCCCUCCUCAUCCCUCGACCAGAGGCCUCGGACUGGUCUGUUCGCUUAGCCCACCCCCCGCCACAACAACCAGGGCUCCCGGAUCUCUCUGCCCGCUGAGCCCACCGCCCAAUUCAACCAGGGGACCUGGGACAGUGUCACCUCUGGGCUCCCCCACGCACACAACCAGAGGCCUGGCGUCGGCCUCGGCGUCACCAGUGAGCUCGCCCCCUCCUUCUCCUCACAUGAUCAGGGGAUUUGGAGCUCCCUCGCCGCUCAUCCUGCCCCCCCAUUCACCUCUCAACCUGCCCCCUCACGUGACUAAAGGGCUGGGAUCACCGUCCCCAAUGAGCCCACCCCAUACCUCCACCCUGCUCCUGUCCCCAACAUCCAGACAAGGUCGCCACCAACCCAUGGUGGUAGAUGAGGACUCUAGUGCCACAAAAAGCUUUGCUCAGAAGCCGACGCCACUGUCACCGGAGAGGACCAGGAAGACCUCAGAGCCAGUGUGUUCAUGGAAGGUGGCCGCCGUCACGUCCCCAACCCGCGGCCACCACGCUGUGACCAAAGACCCCUCUUGUGGUCCUGGGACGACGGGUACUGCGCGUACCCCAAUGGCCUCCUCUUCAGGAGGCAGCACAACCUCUUUCUCAGCUGUUGGGGGGCAGCCAGAGCGCUGCCUACAGGGUAACUACUCCCCGGUGUCGGACUUUGAGGACGCCGACACGGAGCUGGAGAUGGAGAACGGGCAGAACGCCCUGAGCCUGUUGGUGGACACGGUGUUGGCUAGCACGGACGUUAGCGGUGGCUCCUCCUCCUCCAGCUGGGGUAAGGAGCAGGCGCGCUCCUGCUUACCACAUGCACAUGCACACCCACAGACUGCGGCCAGGGCUGGGACUGGUGCUGGGGCUCAGGGCAUGCGGUCGCCCUCCAAAACACCAGGGGGAGCCCCACACGGUUCACACCGUGGCCCAGUUUCUGGCCCGGUGCUCCAGGUGCCUUCCAUCAGCGUCCAGAUUCCGGCGGAGAAGGUGCAGUCGGGGACGCACUCAUCGUCGUCGUCGUUGGUGUCUGUGGCGGAGGGCAGGCUGGUGGACAGGAGGGAGGGGCUUCUCUGUGCUGCCUCGUCUCAGCCAAUCAAAUUGAGCCCCAUCGGUGGAGCCCUGACGUCGACACAUUCCAUCACGGUGGUUGGAGCCAGCAGCAAGCAUCCCAGGCAGCAGCAGCAGCAGCAGGUGCUUUCGCCAGUGGCCGGGCCCACGAAAGCACAACCGGCAUUGCUCGCAUUCGCCUCCCCUAUUGCCUCCCCCCUGGGCUCCCCCUUGGGGUCCCCGGGCCCUGCGUCUCCAUCGCUGCAUAGCCCUAAGCUGCAGGGGGACUCCUGCUCCUCCUCCUCCUCCUCCUCCUCCUCCUCUUCCUCCACCACCACCACCGUGGUCAAGGCUGAGAAGCCGGAGCCUAAGAAGAGGCAGAGGAAGAGCGAGGCAGCCUUGGCCUACGCCGCUCUGUUCAAGACUACAAGCUCCACCGUCAAGACCUCCUCGGCCUCGCACAGCCCCUCCCCCGCCGCCGCACAGCAGCCGCAGAGAGGUCCACAGAGGCCUGAGGGCGAUGUCAGCAGCAGACCGCAAGAUGGCCGCCCUCACUCUGAAGGCAGAACGCAGAGCUCGGGCUCAGGCGGACAGUUCAAACAGGAGCCUGGCGAUUCCGGGUCCGGCUCUACUAAUGCGCUGUCCUUGUCCCUGAACAGUGACGGUCCCAUGUCGCCCACUGCAGGGUCGCACGUUAGCCUGGCAUCCCCAAACCGAAGGGGUCCUCCAGGGCCUGGUCUGCCGACAUUCACCCAGGGCACCUCAAACAUGCACUCGGUCGCCGUGUGUGUGGAGACGAAACUGGGGGGCAUCAGGGGUACGAAACAGACGCUGUUGCCCUUUCACUCCACCAGUGUGGCACGCGCCAACUCCAAGCUCGCCAACAUGCCCAAAAACGGCUCGUCCAAGCCCCUGCUCCUUGGCAUCAAGUCAUCGAGGUCAUCAGAGGACGGUGACGCGGUGUUGCUGCAACAGCUGUCUGACACGGCCAGCCGCCUCACGACCCCUUCUGCCAUCUCCUCCUCCUCCUUCCCGGCCUUGGAGGGCGGUGCGUUCGGCGGACUGGCCAGUCUGCAGCGACCCGUCGGCGCCAAGCUGAAGCACUUGUGGGACAAGGAGCCAGCUGUGCGGAGGGGGCGCGGCGCCGCCCUGAAACGCGUCGGCGGGCUGCACAACCAGGACCACGGCACAGUCAUUGACCCGCUCGGACCCCUCAUGAGCCUCAGCGACACCCUCUCCCCGCCUCUAGUGGGCGCCGUCACCAGCCUGGGGGUGAAACCCAGCGUGGUGGGUACGCUUUGCCACAGCACCUCCUCCCUCUCAUCCACAUCAGCGUCAUUCUGUUUCUCCACCUCCACCUUCUCCUCAUGCGCGUCCCCCGGUCGUCUGCUUGCCCGCGGCGGGGACACGUGCCGCCACCAGCCCAGCCUGGCUCAGCUGUUCCGGAAGGCUCUGCUGUCGCCGGCGGAGCUGCUGCGGCAUGGCGUCUUCCCCAAGCCGGGCAUCCAGACGGUGUUGGCCAUCUCGGCGCCGGGCCGCUUCCGCCUCUGGCUGCGCCACCGCCGCCUCUCGCCCUUCGCGCACCUCUCGCCCUCCGCGCUCGACACGGUGGUGACCCGCGUGGCGCUCCACCGAGACCAGUACCCGCCCCUGCGGCCACUCGCCGACUACACCGGGCCACCGGGCCUUGCCAACGACCACAGCUACGCUCAUCGCUCCUGUCCCGAGGCCUCCUCUCCCAUCAGGACGAGAGCCACAACACGGAGGCGGAGCAAGUCCAAGUUGACACCAGAACGCAGUCAGGAUGUCCCCCCUCGCCACUCGCCCUCCGUCAGGAUGCUGCGCCUGGAUGUGGCGCCCACAGAGCCCAACUUCGCCAAAGUCAGUGCCAACGUCAAGUACCCAGGGCUGCACGGCAGAGGGCCUACCAGAGAGGCCGCACUGUAUGAUGGGAAUGUGGUGGCUGAGACAGGUCGGCGUUCCGAGCGGGUCUCCCAGAUCCGCAUCCGCAAGACUGUCCCCAAACCAGACAACAACCUCACCCCCAUGGGGCUCCCCAAACCAAAGAGAUUGAAGAAGAAGGAGUUCAGCCUGGAAGAGAUCUACACAAACAAAAACUACAAGUCGCCCACACCCAACAGGUCACUGGAGACCAUUUUCGAGGAGCCCAAGGAGAGGAACGGCUCGCUGGUCUGCAUCGGCCACCAGAAGCGCAAGCGCGUGCUCGACUUCCCCGACUUCACGUUGCCGCGGAAACGCAAGGCGCGGCCCAACCUGGUGGGGCUGAUGCGCACCAAGGGCAGGGCCCGGCGGGGACGCGGCGACGACACGGACCUGGACGUCAUGCUCAUCGAGAGGCUCACCGAGCUGGAGGACUUCUUCUCUCGAGAAGGCCUGGAGAACUAGGCCGUCAAACAUGGUGACCACAAUAGGACUAGGUUCUAAAACACAGGAGCCACAAUAGGCCUAGGUUCUAAAACACAGGAGCCACAUUGGGCCUAGGUUCUAAAACACAGGAGCCACAAUAGGCCUAGGUUCUAAAACACAGGAGCCACAAUAGGCCUACUGUAGGCUUACACACAGGACCUACAAUUGAACUAGGCCUCUAAAACACAAGAGUCGAAAUCAGCGUACUGUUGGCUUUCACAAAAGCAACAAUAGGACUAGGCUCUAAAACAUAGUACGGUAACUGCAAUAGGCCUACUGUAGGUUUUCACACAGGAUCCACAGUAGGACUAUACAAAGGACCGAAAUGAUUAGGCCUAUGUUCUACUACACAGGAGCCACAACAGGACCAGGUUCUCAAACACAGGAGUCACGGUCGGCCUACUGUUGGCCUUCUUCACAAGAGCCACAAUUGGACUAGGCCUUCCAUACACAAGAGCCAAAAUAAGACUAUUCUCUAAAACACAGGAGCAACAAUUGGCCUGUAUUACAGGCCUUACUGAAGGCUUUCACAGGAACCACAGUUGGACUAGGCCUGUAAUACACAAGAGUCAUCAUAUGUGUCUACUGUAGGCUUUCCACACGUGAUUCAAAAAUCCCAGUUUAUAGUCUCUCUUUAGUGUGUAGGCCAGGGGUGGGCAACUUUUAUUAUCAGGAGGGCCACAUUUUUUCAACGAUACCAUCGGAGGGCCACAUGACCACGAAUCUGACUCUAACUCGCAGAGUUUGAGAUGCAGUUGGUUGCUCACCAAUGGCCAAUAUUGUUUGGAAGGAACAGCAGUGGCCAACAGUAAAAUUACAAUGGAUUGAUUUAGUAGUGAUUUAAAAAAAAUAUGGUCUUUUUUAAAUUAUGUUUUAUCUAUGGAGCACACAGAGUGAGGAGGCGGGCCGCAUGUGGCCCCCGGGCCUCCAGUUGCCCAUCCCUGCUCUAGGCCCUACUAUACAGGGACCUGAGUUACAGCAGAUGGAGGGACCCUGUCUGGAGUGCUACUAGUAGGCACCCGCACUCAUUAACUGACGGUCCGAGUCCUGGUGCGUAGUCUCUUGUGUUUAGGCACUCUUAUACACAGCAACCUCAGUCAGUAGGUGGAGGGACUCAAUCAUGGUCAAAGUCCCAAUUUUUUUAGUCUCUCUUUUUUUCUGGAUCAAUACUAUGUAUUCAACUGUGAAACAGUACCAAAGGUAUGGUGUGGUAGUAACCCUAACAGUGCCAAUGCUGUUACAGAGAGGUGGGGAUGGGUGUGGGUGUCCCACUGGUUCUGUGCGGAGGCCCCCUAGAUGGCCCCCCACCUUCUCUGGUGUCCUGUGUUGUGCACCCAAACUAGCAUUAGCCACGGCAUAAUUUAUUAUUGGCUGUGCCUCUGUUGUCCUUUUGGCGUGUGUGUGUGUGUGUGUGUGUGUGUGUGUGUGUGUGUGUGUGUGUGCGCGCAUGAUGGGAGAGAUUGUUUCUGUAUGAGAGGCAAGAGUGAGUCGUGGGAAGACCUUUCCACCACAAAGCACACGCACACCUUAGUGAAUCGCCCUGCUCGUCAUCAUCAGCCAAUGAUGACUUCAUAUGAAGGGAAAAGACCCCUGAACUAAUCCCCACAACUUCCCGAGCACAUGUAAAGGGAGAAAAAAAACCUCACGUCUUCGCACCUUCACCCCCUUUAACCAGCACAGCCAAGCCCGGUUAAUCUCCCAUCCGCUGCCAUCUGCUUAUGGUGAC